GUCCCAGCACUUGGGCACCUUUGUCUGGAAAGAUGGAGCCCUGUAGAGAAAGGCCUUUGCCAGCGCUGUCUCCCUUUCCGUCCCAUUUAGCUCCCCUUUCCUUGCUCCUUCUGCGCCUGGACCCUAUGGAGCCUUUGCUGGCCUGUCUGGCUGUUGGCUGUUGGGGCUGCUUUCGGACCCUCACCCACCCUCGGACUCUCUCCCCCUGACUGUCCCUUGCCUUGGCAGAGACCCCCCAGAUGGAUGCUACCACCAGCCUGGAGAAGCAUUACUCAGUCCUCCUGCCCUCUGUGGCCCACAACGGCUUCCUCUACAAGGCCCCCUCCGUGGCCAAGCCCUCCCACGAGCGGAAGGCGCGGGAAGAAUUCAGCCGCCGCUGGUGCCGCCUCCACGAUGGCGUCCUCAGCUACUAUGAAAGCAACACCAGCACCGUUCCCAACGGAGAGAUCCGGAUGCAGGAGAUCGUGUCCGUCGUGAACAACCCCCCGGAGACUCAUGGGUUCACAAACACUUUUGAGGUGUUUGUGGAGUCGGAGAGGCUCUACCUCUUUGGGCUGGACAGCCCCGAAGGCGCCAAGGAGUGGGUCAAGUGCAUCGCAAAGGUCAGCCAGCCUGACACUGGGGGGGGGCUAUGGAGGCCGCAGAAGGUCUGGCUCCAGAGUGACCAUCGGCAUCGGGGGGAGGAGUGGAUCCGCUCUGGGCUUCAGUCCAAACCCCUCUCUAUAUACACAUACAUACAUACAUUUGAUUAGUACAGGUUGAGCCUCCCUUACUUGAAAUGCUUGAGACCAGACAGCUUUUGAAUUUUGGGCUUUUUCAGCUUUUGGAAUAUCUGCUUAUACUUCAGGCGAUUUCUUGGUGAUGGGACCCACCUCCAAACACCAGUUUAUGUUCCAUCUACACUUUAUGCAUAUAACCUGAAGGUAGUUUUAUACCCAAGCUUUUUAAUACAGUGGAUCCUUGUUAUCCGCUGGGGUUUGGUUCCAAGAUCCCCCGUGUAUAACAAAAUCCAUGUAUGCUCAAGUCCCAUUAAGU